AUGGUGCUUAGUGUUCUUGACAAAGUUAAGAAGGUGACGCAAACUUGCCUUUUCUGCUUGCAUCUCAAAGAAACUGAACUUAUGGAUUUCUUAAAUACCUUUUGUGGGAAAUCCUUUGAUGCAUGUCUCAAUCAUACUUUUCUGUUAUCUGUUGAUUCCCUACUGUUGAUCAUCCUGUUAGUUGUACUAGCUUGUAAUGUAGUAUCAUUGAGGAAGUUUUUAUGUCAAUCAAAAUGUCGUCGAGUUUCUAAGUUAUCGAUUUGUUCAGUCGUUUUUAAUGGAUGUUUGGGCUUAGGAUACAUAGUUUUGGGAGCAUGGAAGCUUAAAGAGCAACUCCAUGAUCAAGAAUAUCAGACUUUUCUGCCUCUACAUCGUUGGCUCGCGUUUCUUGUCCAUGGAAUUACAUGGCUAUUUGUAAGUUCAAUCAUAAGCCUAUACAAGCAGCAACUUUUCCUUAUAGUUAAGCUUUAUUCAAUCCUUGCCUUGUUAUUAGCAGGAUUUCUUUGCAUAACAUCUGUGUGGAAAUGUAUUAAUUAUGACCAUGUCAUUGGAGGUGAAGUGAUAGUAGAUGCACUAUCUUUAUUAGGAGCCAUUCUUUUGAUCUGUAGUGGAUUUAAGGAAAGUGAUGAAUAUGGCAAUUAUGAAGGUAUUGAUCUUUGUGAUGAGACAUUUUAUAAACCUUUACAAUGUGAAGAUGGAAUUAGUAAUGAAACUACUCCAUUUGCAAAUGCUGGAUUUCUUGGAAAAUUUUCAUUUUGGUGGUUGAAUCCAUUAAUGCAGAAAGGUAAAAAGAAGACUCUCGAGGAUGAAGACGUUCCUCAGCUAAGAUCAGCAGAUGGAGCAGGAACAUGUUUUAAUCUGUUUAAUGAGCAACUGAAUAUACUAAAAAGAAAAGAUCCUUUAAGAAAACCUUCAAUACUAAUGGCAUUACUCCUCUGCCAGCAGAAAGAAAUUUUCAUAUCUGGGAUCUUUGCUCUAAUCAAGACAUUAACGCUGACGACAGGACCAUUAUUUCUUCAUACCUUCAUUGAGGUUUCUGAAGGAAAAGAAGCUUUUAAGUAUGAGGGCUACGCUCUAACAGCCGGUUUUUUCCUUGCAAAAUGCUCGGAAUCUCUAGCACAAAGGCAAUGGUGCUUCAGGAGUAGACUGAUCGGACUCCAAGUCAAAUCAUCGCUUACUGCAGCUAUCUUUCAAAAACAACUCCAAGUCUCAAAUGCUGCUAAGACAACUCAUUCCCCUGGCCAAAUAAUGAACUAUGUCACUGUAGAUGCUCAUAAAAUAGGUGAAUUUCCCUUUUGGUUUCAUCAGAUAUGGACAACGAUUCUUCAGCUCGUACUAGUUUUGUGUUUAAUAUACUAUUCUAUAGGGGUAGCUGCAUCAGCAGCAUUAGUGAUUGUAAUAUUAAUUGUACUAGUAAAUUCUCCAUUAGCCAAGUUGCAGCUUAAGUAUCAGAUUAACCUCAUGAUCGCGCAAGAUAAAAGGCUAAAGGCCAUCACAGAAGCGCUUACACAUAUGAAGGUUCUCAAGUUAUAUUCUUGGGAGAAACAUUUCUUGAAUGAGAUAAACAAGUUGAGAUCUGAGGAAACCAAGUGGCUAUCAUUAGUUCAAACACAAAAAGGAUACUACCUUAUACUCUUUUGGUCAUCUCCCAUUCUGGUUUCAUCCGCCACUUUUGUAGCUUGUUACUUGUUUGGAGUUCCUCUCAAUGUCAGCAAUGUUUUCACAUUUUUAGCCUCUUUAAAUCUGCUUCAAGAUCCCAUUAGAAGAAUCCCUGAUGUUGUCGGGGCAUUUAUUGAAGCAAAGGUUUCGCUGUCAAGGAUUGUGAAAUUUCUAGAGGAACCUGACAUGGAUAGAAGGGAUCACAUGAAGCAAAGUCCGGAUGAUUUGAAUAUUUAUAUAAAGUGCACUGAUGUUUCUUGGGAGAUGAAUUCUUUAAAUCCCGCAUUAAGGGACAUAAAUCUGGAGAUUAAACAUGGUGAAAAAGUGGCUGUUUGUGGUGAAGUCGGCUCAGGGAAAUCUACGCUGAUGUCUCUCAUUCUUGGAGAAGUUCCAUACAUCAAUGGCACUGUUAAGGUUUAUGGAAAGACAGCUUAUGUUUCUCAGACAGCAUGGAUUCAGACAGGAACCAUAAAAGAAAACAUACUUUUUGGAUCCAAUAUGGAACCACAAAGGUAUCGACAAGCUCUAGUAAAGAGUUCACUAGUGAAAGACUUGGAGAUGCUUCCAUUUGGUGAUCUUACUGAGAUAGGAGAAAGAGGUAACAAUUUGAGUGGAGGCCAAAAGCAAAGGGUUCAACUAGCUCGCGCCCUUUAUCAGGAUGCAGAUAUUUACCUCUUGGAUGAUCCAUUUAGUGCUGUAGACGCACACACCUCGACUAAUCUUUUUAAUGAUUAUGUCAUGGGAGCUUUAUCAGGAAAAACUGUGCUGUUGGUAACACACCAAGUUGAAUUUCUUCCAACAUUUGAUUCUAUUUUGCUAAUAUCUUGUGGGAAGAUCCUGAAAUCUGGCACCUUUGAUGAGUUGCUGUCACAAAGUGAGGAAUUUCAGGAACUCGUCAACGCACAAAAAACUCCUUCCGGUCCAAAAUGUGAAGAAAUUUAUGCUACUAAAAGACCUAAAGUUGCUGAGAUAGAGAUAAAUAAUGUUUCCUCCGAUGAAUGUGGUGUAGUUUCUCUAAAAGGAAAUCAAUUAAUCAAGGCAGAAGAACGAGAAGUAGGAGACGCAGGAAUGAAGCCAUACAUUCAAUAUCUAAAGCAUUACAAGGGAUUCUUGUAUUUCUCCUUGGCAGUCAUUGCUCACACAAUGUUUGUAGUUGGACAGUAUAUACAAAGCUACAAGCUGGCUACUGACCUUCAAAAUUCCAGUGUUAGCAGAUUAAAGCUAAUCACUGUCUACACAAUCAUUGGUUUAAGUUUACUACUCUUUCUGCUUUUAAGAUCUUUAUUGACAGUAAAGCUGGGACUUGGUGCGUCAAAAUCGAUUUUCUGUACACUGUCAAGCUCUCUUUUCUUUGCUCCAAUGUCUUUUUUUGACUCAACACCUUUUGGAAGAAUACUUAGUCGGGUAUCUUCAGAUUUAAGCACUGUUGACAUUGAGUUGCCUUUCUUGAUAAACUUCACUGUUGGAUCAAUCAUUAUUUCAUACUCUACCUACGUCAUUUUGUGUUUUCUUGCUCCAGAGGUGCUGCUAGCCAUCGUACUUAUGAUUUACGUUACUAUAUUAGUUCAGAGGUACUACAAUGCUUCAGCAAAAGAGCUGAUGAGAUUAAAUGGAACAACAAAGUCUUUAGUUGCCAACCAUUUAGCUGAAAGCAUUUCAGGAAUAACGACGAUCAGAUCUUUUGGACAGGAAGGCCGUUUCUUUGUCAAGAACUUGGAGUUUAUUGAUAAAAAUGCAAGGCCAUUUUUUCAUACUUUCUCAGCAACUGAAUGGUUAAUUCUACUUUUGGAGAUAAUGUGUGCGGUUAUCAUGUCCUCCUGGAUGCUUGGCAUGACGUCGCUUCACAUAGGCUCUUCUGUAUCUGGACUUAUUGGAAUGGCAUUUUCCUAUGGCCUAUCACUAAAUGCAGUCCUAGUUUGGUCUGUUCAAUGUGAAUGCACAAUAGCAAAUUCUAUUAUCUCUGUAGAAAGGUUAGAACAAUACAUGAGACUACCUAGUGAAGCAACUGAAGUAGGCCGAAGUAAUCACACUUUACCUGGUUGGCCUACGCGUGGCAAAGUGGAAAUUCGCGACCUAAAGGUGAGGUACAGGCCAAAUGGUCCAUUAGUUCUUCAAGGUAUAAGUUGUACAUUUGAAGGGGGACAAAAGAUUGGGGUUGUAGGCAGAACAGGCAGUGGGAAAACAACUCUUAUCAGUGCAUUGUUUCGCCUCGUUGAACCUACAGAUGGCAAGAUCAUCAUUGAUGACCGCGAUAUUUCAACACUUAGGCUUCAUGAUCUUAGGUCGCGUAUUGGAAUUAUUCCACAAGAUCCUACGCUCUUUACAGGUUCUGUUAGAUACAAUCUAGAUCCCUUGUCAGAAUAUAGUGAUGAUCAAAUAUGGAAGGUUCUUGAAAAAUGCCAGCUUAGAGAGGCUGUUCAAGGAAAAGAAACGGGACUAGAUUCCGCAGUUUUACAAGAUGGAUCAAACUGGAGCAUGGGACAGCGACAAUUAUUCUGUCUUGGACGUGCACUGUUGAAGAGGAGCCGAAUUCUAGUACUAGAUGAAGCAACUGCAUCCAUUGACAAUGCAACAGAUGCAAUUCUACAGAAAAUAAUCAGACUAGAAUUUGUAGACUGCACGGUUAUAACAGUUGCUCACAGAAUUCCAACAGUAAUGGAUUACACAAAAGUUUUAGCAAUAAGUGAUGGGAAGUUGGUUGAGUUUGAUGAGCCGAAGAAGCUGAUAAGCAAAGAUGGCUCAUUAUUUGGAGAGCUUGUAAAAGAGUACUGGGCUCGUGCUGAAAAGUGAAAAGAGAGUUUUGGCACCGUAUCUAGGUUGUUU